AUGGAUGCAGAGAGGAAGAUACAGCUCAAGAGCGUACUUGGAUAUUCCUGGGGCACAAGUUUUUUAAUUAAUAUAAUUAAAUAUAAUUAAUAUAAUUAUGUUAAUAUAAUUGGAGCAGGCAUUUUUGUGGCCACCAAAGGGGUAUUGAAGUACGCGUGCAUGAACGUGGGGCUCUCCCUGUGCGUCUGGGCUGGUUGUGCCUUAUUGUCCAUUAUGACCUCUCUCUGCUCCACAGAGAUAGGUAUAACCUUCCCAUGCUGUGGAGCUCACUACUAUUGUCUCAAGGAAUGUUUUGGCAACUUGAUCUCUUUCCUGAACCUCUAUAACCUUUUUCUGGGGCCAGGGCUAGCUGCCAGUCAAGCUCCGCUCCUCACUGGGUACAGCAUCCAGCCUUUUUAUCCCAGCUUCUCUGCUCCAAAGCUGUCAAAGAAAUGUCUGGCCCUGGCCAUAUUGUGGAUUUUGGGAAUCCUGAAUUUUCGUGGUGUGAAAGAGGUGACUUGGCUUCAGAUAUCCAGCACCGUGCUGAAAAUGGCCAUACUCGGCCUUAUUUCCCUAAGUGGAGUAGUGUUGUUGGUGAGAGGGAGGAAGCAGAAUCUGAACUCCUUCGGUGCUGAGUUUCCAGAAGCCUCCCAGUUUACAGAAGCUGUCUUCCAAGGAUAUUUUUCAUAUUCAGGUGGAGGAUACUCUAUGUAUAUAGCAGGGGAGCUGAAGCAACCCAGGAAGACAAUUCUAAAAUGCAUAUUUACUGCAUUCCCUCUGGUGACUAUUGUUUAUUUACUGGUUAACAUUUCCUACCUGACUGUUCUGACACCCAAGGAAAUUCUCUCUUCAGAUGCUUUGGCUAUCACAUGGACGGAUAGAGUUAUCCCCUCAUUAAUGUGGGUUAUUCCUUUUGGUAUUUCUGCCUCAUUAUUUAGCAACCUUCUGAUUAAUGUAUUUGAAUCGUCAAGAGUAAUAUACAUUGCAGGCCAAGAGGGCCAGUUGCCUUUGUUGUUUAACAUGCUUAAUAUUUACUCCUCUCCAUUUAUGUCUGUGCUACUACUUGUCAUUAUGGCGUCCAUUGCGGUUGUCUUGACAAACCUAAUUGAUUUGAUAAACUCUCUUUAUAUUGUAGUUUCUAUUUGGUCUGCUUUAUCAAUGACAGGAAUACUAAAACUGAGAUACCAAAAGCCCAAUCUACCUCGACCUUAUAAGGUGUUUUUACUAUUUCUAUUGGUAGCAAUAGCCAUCAGCCUGUGCUUGGUUUUGAUACAUUUGGUGAAGUCUCCACAUAUGUAUUAUAUCUAUGUGUGUCUCUUUAUUCUCAGUGGACUUCUGUUUUAUGUACCUUUAAUAUUUAAAUUGAGGUUGUUUUGGUUUGAGAAGAUGAUGUGUUACUUACAAUUGCUGUUUAAUAUUUGCAUCCCUGAAGUGUCUCAUGAACAGAUGUCAGAAGUAGAAGUAGGAACUGUGAAAAAAAAAUAG